UCAUUUAUAUAUCUAAGCGUUGGAUAUUAGUCAGAACACCGACAUUUGCAACUGUCAAGAUGGGGACCCUGCUCUUCGGGUCUGUUGCCUUUUUGGUGGUCCACAUUUGUGUAGGCAGCCUGUUGUGUGACUGGAAGCAAUUCGACGAUCCCUGUUCCUGGAGCAAUUAUGAUAAGCUUGACAAUUUUCGGCGAAACCAAAAUGAACAUUUAAUGGCAGGACAAAAACCACUGUGCGACAAUGCUUUAAUGUCAAAGUGGUUUCGAUUUAUUGGCCGGGCAGGAGACAGGAUGGCAGAUUCGACCGCCAAUCUUAUGAGCGGGUCUUGCAACACCAAUUGGCCAAUAUUUUUGAAAGGAACUCACCCCAAACUUUCCGAUCUAUCAUGUAACGAAAUAGUUCCCAGUGAAGGGUGCAUUGUUUACGAUGGUAAAACGUACUGUCGUGCAGAUCGUGUUACCAUAGAUAUCAAAAUAAAAAAAUGCUGUGUAGGAGCUGCCGAAUUCUUCAUAUACAGAUCCUCCCAUGAUGUGAUUUGUGAUUCAGCAUUUUGUGGAGCAGGUAGCAGUUUACAGUGCAACGGCAGUGAUGUACUAUACGUUGACAAAGAUGAAAAUGCGGAAAAAUGCAAAGCUCCAUACCCCAGGAUGAUUGGUCUUCCUAAAAUAUCAGAUCCAGAAGUGGAUGACGACGACUUUGCCAUAUAUUGCCAAGUGACAUUUGAUGCAAAUAGUGGAAACAAUGAAUCAGCUUUAUUUAACGUUCAAUUUCUCUUCAAUGGAGAGAACGCGUUGCACGCAAUUGCGGAUUGCUCUACUGGAUUUCGGGCAAAACUCACCUCUAAGUCCAUUGCUAAACACAUUGGAAAACAUGUAAACUGCAGAGUUAAUGCUAGCUGGAAGGAAUCUAGGCGACAAGAAACCAGUUUUACAUAUAGUGCCAACAGUUAUUUUGCUGGAAUAAAGGUUUUCAAGUAUCAGACGUUCGAGGAAGUAAGAAACAUAAACCUAUCAAAAGAUAAAAUGCAACCUUUUAGGAUCGAACUGGCGACCUAUAUUCCUAUUACUAAAACGUCUCACAGUUUUGACAUGCUUAAUUUCACACUGAGUACAGCAAGUGACAUAAGCACUGAAGCAUGCUAUAGUGCCUUUUCGCAAUGGACAGGCGAUGAAACGUUCCCAAUAAGAUCUUCGCCUGCUAUCACCGUUUAUCCAGUUUUCGACGGCAGCAUAAAACCAGAAGGAUCUCUUCGUUUACUAACCUUUGAUCGACAAUCGCUCAAUACACCAUGGGACCCCAACAAAAGCAUUUGGCACGGAUUCAGAUUAGGUGGCAUCCCGAUCACAUUAAAAGAAGCAAGUCCAGGAGAAUGUACUUCAGUAACUGAUCCCCAUUUCAAAACGUUUGAUAAUACCCUUUUUGAUAACCAAAUAAAGGGAGAAUUUCUUCUUUCCAAGCUAAAUAAAGUAGAAGAAGGUAUCUUCUUUGAGGUGCGAGCAAAACACUGGUCUUGUUUAAACGAUGACAUAGCAUGUAACUGUGGAGUUGCGGCACGCGAAAACGAUGAUAUAUUCAUUGUAGACCUGUGUCACUCUACAUGGCAACAACAUAAGAAUAAAAAUGUUGCACCACUUAUAUGGUACCGUGGAAUUGGUAAUUGCCAGGAUGAAUCGUGUCCUGCUGAAGGAGCAGAUAUAUACAAAGAUACCACUGGAAAAGACUUCACGAUUUCAUUUCCAUCUGGUGCACGGGUCAGGGCUAAAAUCAAUCCGAGAUGGGGUCUAGACCUUACUGUGCAUGUACCAUCAUACUUUGAAGCAAAUGGAUUGGAAGGCUUGUGUGGCGAUUAUGGGCCGAAGCCGGAUAGAACAAGCAAUGACUUCCACUUAGAGCAAAAAAUCAGUCCCUUAAACUCGUACUUUAAUCAUACCAUAAUACCCAAAAGAUCAGGUGUCAACAAAGGGAGAGAAACAAGUUACUGCCACUGUCAAAAAAACGGAAUUGUAUGUGAUUACAAUCGACUGAUAACCGACAGAGGCAAUAUUGAACAAUUGACCCAUAUUACCCCCUAUACACCAAAACAAAGACCCAAUAAUAAAAGACACAAGCGUGAUCUCCGUGCUGGAGAAGACAUCACCGACGAUGAAAUAAAAGAUUUCUCUCGUUAUGAAUAUGAGUUUGAUUUUAACGAAGACAACGUGGUUCCUGUCAUGAAAGACUGGCCGACCCUAGGUGGUAAAACUAAGAAGCAGGUGGAAGAUCACUGCGAUCGAACUAUUCAGGCUUCUCCUAUUUACAAUUUGUGUCAGAAUGUUCCGGAGUUUGACUUUGACUCUAGCAGAAGGCAGUGCAUCGAAGAUAUCAAGCUUACGGAUGAUUACAAGUUUGCUGACAUGGCUGUAGCUUCGAUGGAAUCAUUCUGUCUUCUAACGGCUGAGAAAAUAAAACCACCACCACCUCCACCGCCAACAGAAAUACCAGUUUCUCCAACCAGGGGUCCCCUUCUGCCUGCUCUACCUGCGACAUUUACUACCCCUAAAUCUACUGUUAAACCCUUCAUCAUGCCAGAUCUGGACACAAUAAAAAAAUGGAUUUGUCCAAAUCAAUGUAGUGACCAUGGAGAUUGUGUAGAUGGUACAUGCCAAUGUCACCAAAACUUUACUUCAAAUGACUGUUCUGUGGAAAUGGAUCUUGCGCCAAAAGUAUAUGGUAUUGGCGACGACGGCCUCUGCGACAUUCGACAAAGAAGAUGUGAAGUCAUAAAUCUUGACGUAUCUAACGCUGUGGACGGUGCUAAUCUUACGUGUCGGUUUGUUUUAAAUGAGGUGGAUUUCAGCACAGGGAAGCGCCUUUUUCAAAAGUCUACAUUCGAAACUGUAGGUAAAAUGUUGAGCUUUGCUGAGAUGGUUUGCCCGCUUCCAAAGCAGAAAAUUGAUACCCCACUGAAGGAAACAGCCAUCCGGGGAAAUCCACUGCAAAGUUUUGAUUUGACAAUAAGUAAUGACAAACAGUUUUUUUCUGCAAUCCCAUCCAAUGUGACUAUUUACGACUCUCACUGUAUCGAAUGCAUCGGACAUGCUUGUAUUAGGAAGUCCGACGCUUGCAAGAUAAAUGGAUACUGCUAUGAAGAUGGAGAGACUGACCCGGUUCAUGAAGCCUGUCGCUCGUGCAACAUCAGUGUUGACUUAAAUGGUUGGACUAACACUACAGAACCAACAAUUCCGUGUGCCCAUUGUGACGGACUUCCAUGCAAAUGUGCUGGCGCUAAGUGGAAAUGUGAAUGCAACCCAGGUUUUGUGAACGCUUUGAACGGAACAUGCAUAGAUGUUGAUGAGUGCAAAUACCAGGGCGCAUGUGGACCAAAUUCUGUCUGUUUAAACACACGUGGAAGCUAUAGAUGCCAAUGCAAUGUGGGAUACCGUGCUGUCAAUCGAUCAUAUUGCACAGAUAUCGAUGAAUGCAAAUCAACUAACGCCUGCCUGCCAACCGCCGCUUGCAUCAACGUUCCUGGAAGUUUCAAGUGUCACUGUAAGCCUGGGUACUCUGGAAUAAACUGCACAGAUAUCGAUGAAUGUACUCGAAUGAAUCCUUGUGAUCCAUACAUGGACUGCAUAAACCUUCCAGGCAGUUAUGAAUGCAGAUUCAGAACCAGCGGAUGUCCACGACGUUACGAAAACGUACAUAACAAGUGUCUCCUGAUACAAAACAGCAACAUCAACUUCUCCGAUGCAAGGAUGGCAUGUCUCAGCGAAAGUGGAGAUUUGGUGAUGAUAGAAACGAUUUUCGAAUAUAAAGCCCUUAUUACAAAAAUUCCACGUGCAUCGGGAUUUUAUUGGGUUGGAGUCACUGACACUGAAACAGAGGGGAAAUGGAAAUUUGUUAACGGCGCCGACAUUACAUAUUCACCGAGUUGGGAUCCCGGACACCCUGCCGUUUCUCCUAACGAUGAUGAUUGUGUUGCCAUUAACUCUGGGAGCAGUUACCAAUACGUCGACAAAAAAUGUAGUGAAUCGUUUAAAUUCAUUUGUCAGGCACCAUGGCACAGGCAAAAUAUUUUCGGAUAGAUACAAGAGCAGAUCCUCAACUGAUGCCAAGAAUAAAGUGAUCCUUAGUUAUGUGCAUGUAUUUUGGUAGCAGCCCUUAUAUUGAUUCAUAGAUGCUUAUUUUAAUACGUCAAGUUGAUUACCAAGAAUUAAUUCAUUUAAAUAAACUGUUUCAAGGAGUCUGAAAUAUAGACUGUUGUAUGUUAGUUUCAAAAGGCAUUUUAUAUCCAAACUUGCUUAUAAUUAUAACCCUUUAUGUUGUCUUAAUUAUGCAUCAUUCAUUUGUGGAUGACAUUUAUAGUUACCUUAAAUUCUAUUUGAAGAGAUGAUAUGAAUAUGUUUCAACAAUAUGUUAAACAAAAAUUAUUACAUUUUAUUGAAAUCUUCUUGUUGCAUUGUAAUCAAUAAUCAUUUAAGGUCCAUGCACUA